AUGUCACCGAUGACACGUAUAUCGUUUUAUUUAUUGAUGUCGUUGUCAACGUUGUCGUUGUCAACGUUAACAGCGAGGACUACAGUAGACAAAGCGUACAAGAUGAUCGUAAAAAACUAUAUACCGAGAUCGGCGGAAAGUGAAAAUUUGAAAAUGAUUUUGAAUUACGUUCGAGGCAUGCAAAAAUUCUAUCCAUCGACAUUUUCUCUCGUUUCUUCCGACGGCCGAUCCGGCUUCGUAGAUCUUUUAUCGAGAUACGUGGCGAGCGAGUCUAUCGUUAGCUACAAAAUCACGACAAACGACUUCUCACGGAAGUAUACGUGGCAGAGUCGCAUUGAUCUUACAUGGAUCUUGAUCGUCGACGAUGGGAUGAAUAUUUUCAAUUCUUUGGUGCACGAGCAAGGGCAUAUCUGGACGGCUACCAAUCAAUACCUAAUAAUCGUCACCACUCCGACGAGCACGAUUUUGCCGGGGGAGAUUUUUCAGGCAGUUUGGAAGACUUACGGCGUCUAUAGGAUCGUCGUUAUUUCGAUAGAAGAUGACUUUCGAUGUCUGAGCAGGUAUCUGCCGUUCGAGAAGAAUCGGCGAAACGGCGAAUACGGCGUCGUACGUAAGGUCUGUUUGACGGACCGGGAAGAUAACGUCGAGCUGUACGCCAACUUUGAAAACUUGAAUGGAUAUCCUAUACGCGUGGUCGUGUUCCCGUCUCUGAUGAUGGAAGUUGCGUUCGACCAAGAUGCGACGACGACGACGACGACGACGACGACGAGUCCCAAGUUGAGCGGACUGGACGCGAAGGCGAUGCUGCUGCUGGAGCGAGCGAUGGGAGCUCGGUUUCGCGUCAACGUCUUUCGCAUCAAAGUCAACUCCACUUCCACUUCCACUAACGGGGAGGAUUACGCGGAUCCGUUUCAUCGUACUCUUCAAUACAUCGAGACUGGUGAGUCGGAGAUAAUCAUCACCAGUUUCUUCGUUCAGCAGUAUCGAGGAGACAAGUACGAGUAUCGAAGGUACGAGUUUACAGCUAGCAUUUACGAGGACAAGCUGUGCCUGAUCGCGCCGACGGCCGGUUUCGUGCCGAAAUCGCACAUGCCAAUAAUGUCGUUCGCGCCUGAUCUUUGGGUGGCUCUCGCGAUAUACAACCUUCUCGUCUCCGUCCUGUGGUACCUCGUCAAAUACUACAGCGUGUCGUUUCGUCGACGAGAGGCCGUUCUCCUUCCCCUAGCGCGAAGGACGACACCAAAGACACCCUCUUUCGCGGUCAUUUUUUCACGCGGUCAUUCUUUCACGCGAUCAAACUCGAGUUUAGCGCCGCCGCAGCCGCCGCCGCCGCCGCCGCCGAGAAUACCGCCUUACGUUUCGUCGUGCUUCGAUCUCGUCGAAACUUCAUGUUACCCGUUGAAGGAGAAUGAGAGCGGUGGGAGCGCCGGCGGUGGCACGACGACCGCUCAGAGAGCCUUCUUGAUCGGCACGCUUUUCUUCGGGCUCAUCAUCACCGGCCUCUAUCAAAGUUGCCUCAUGUCCAGCUUGAGCGAUCCCUUUCAUUAUCCCGAACUAAAUACUUUGGAGGAUGUCGCUUCCACGAAUCUCACCAUCAUCACUAAGUACUACAACAUGAAGGAGAACACGUUCGCGGGGAAUACCACUCUGGAUAACAAGUUGCGGAGUAAGACCAAGGUGUUUGUCUCGAAAGAGCGUACCUACGACGUCGUGGCCUUUGGUAGGAGGACGAUCGCCAUCAGUCGUUACGCGUCGAUCAAGCUGAACGACAUGUCCAGGUACUACGAUGUGGACGGCAACGAGCUGCUGCACAUAAUCGAGGAAUACCCGACCACUUACUUGUUGGCCUACGUAAUGAGGCUCCACUCGCCAUAUCGGGAGAGAAUCAACGGAUUACUGUUACGGAUGCAGCAGGCGGGUCUAGUUCAUUUGUGGUACGAGCGCAUGGCUUAUCCGUCCUAUGUAGCCGAGCAGAGAAGAAGGGUGGACAAGAGCGAGAGGAAGAUUAAACUCACCAUUGAGCACUACUCUCUCACUUUCAUCGGGCUUGUCGUCGGUUUACUCUCUUGCACAGUCGUGUUUCUCGCGGAACUUUAUUUCGCCAAGAUCAGUCACUCGCCUCAUCAGUCGCCGUAGAUAGUCGCGCGCUGUCUUUCUUCCUCCUAAUAAAUUAUCCUCGCCAACGCCAUUCCUCGCGUUUCCUCAUCCUGCUAUUACUGGUGCACCAAGAUAUACCUACUACAAUAUAUAAACUUAUAUGUCAGUGAUUAUUUAAAUUUAUUCAAGUACAAUUUGAUAUUUAAUUCUCAUCUUAAUUAGAGAAUUUAUAUUUUGUAUGAUUGUCUCGACAUGUACAUACUACGUAUCUGUGUGUGUAUACACACACACGCACGCACACGUUCUCUUUCUUGCGUGACAAGAACGACUCCGCAGACUUGGCCGCGAUGAUUCGAUCAGCACCUGUUUCAUUCGCAGCGUUCUCGAGUUUGAUUAAUCGGGAGCGUAAUACGGAAUACGGGCUUUUUGUCUCCCUCACUAUCGAUCGCGAAAAAAAAGUUCUUUAUUCGCGGUGUAAUUAUUUGAGACAACGACGUCUAACGGCGCUAACGAGUUGACGCUAAAGCAAUAUUCUAGAGAGAAACGGAGUUUAUUUUAAGAAUCUACGAAAAUACGCACAUACGCGCCUGCAUGUCCUUCUCUCUCCCUCCCUCU